AUGGAGAAAUUCUAUGCGAUGGCACUUCUGAUGAUGCUAAAUUGUUCUUUUUUUGUUAAUAUGAACGACAUGUUAAGGAGUCAGCUCAAAAGAGGCAUAUUAAUGACUCGAUGCUGUAUAUUUUGUUUCAGAGGAUGUUUUGGCUGCUGCUUCAUACCUCUUUGCGUUGACUACUUCAAGGAUGCAGUACACACCUGCCCUUAUUGUGGUGCUAUCCUCGGGACGAAAUCAAGGUGUUAG